AUGAGUCGUGGUUCAGGACACAAAGACGGACCACGAAUGGAAAUGGGUCGCCACGAUGACCUGUGGUCAUUGUUUUACAUGUUGGUGGAGUUUGCUGUGGGACAGCUGCCAUGGCGAAAGAUAAAAGAUAAGGAACAAGUUGGUCAGAUUAAAGAGCGUUAUGACCAUCGGAUGCUGCUCAAACACAUGCCUUCAGAGUUUAAUAUCUUCCUGGACCACGUCCUGGCUCUGGACUACUACACCAAACCAGACUACCAGCUGCUCAUGUCGGUGUUCGAGAACAGCAUGAAAGAGCGAAUCAUCACCGAGAACGAGCCUUUUGAUUGGGAGAAGGGAGGAGGUGAUGUCACAUUGUCGACCAGUGCCUCCACCCAACCACAGCACAACACGCGACCCACCGCCGCCAUGGUGGGAGCCAUCGUGACGCCGGUUCCUGGAGAUCUUCAGCGGGAGAACACUGACGACGUUCUGCAGGACGAACAUCUCAGUGAUCAGGAGAACGCCCCGCCAGCCCCGCCACCCCGGCCCCCCGGGGAGACAGGCGUCUCGCACGGCGGAGAGCCAGGAGAGGCCUGGGAGGACACGGACUUCAACCGCAACAGACUCAGGAUCAGCCUGAACAAGGGGGGUCAGGAGGAGGAGGUGGGUCGGGGGGCUUGUCCGGGGUCGCCGGUUCGGGGAGGAGUCCCGGAGUCACCGACAGGUCAAGGUCGGUCCUUACGAUAUCGCCGGGUCAACAGCCCCGAAUCUGACCGUCUGUCUGCUGCUGAGGGCCGGCCCGACGCCUACGGACAGAGGUCUAGGAUGGACAUCCUCGGCUCUCCGUCUCGUCACGUCUACUCCUCCCAGCCGGCUCAGAUGCUGUCUGUCGACCCCGGGUGCCGCGGCGACCGUCAGGUCAGCGGCCGUCAGGAGGUGUCGGUGGCGUCCGUCGACCAGGAGGCGCACAGCAACGCCUUCAUCCGCUCCGUCCCGCUGGCCGAGGAGGAGGACUUUGACAGCAAAGAGUGGGUGAUCAUCGACAAAGAGGCGGAGCUACGAGACUUCCAACCAACCACGUCAGGAACCACUGACGAGGAGCCAGAGGAGCUCCGCCCCCUGGAGGAGCAGGAGGAGAGGAGGAGGCUCAGGGCUGCAGGAGGGGAGCUGGUGGUUCGUCCAAAGACCCACACCAGGGAGAGCAGCCGAGGGAUGCUAACGCUAACGGAGGAGGAGGCGUCGAGAAGGAGUGGCGGGAGCCCCGCCCAGUCGCCCUGUCACUCGCUGCCGUCAGGACGCCCCCGCCGAAGAGAGUCAGAGCCCAUUGGACCUCAAAGACCGGUAAGAGACCCAGCCAGCCAAUCAGAGCAGAGCUCAGCUCCCUGA